AGAUAGUUCUAAGUUGACGUCUUGUCAUAAAAAACCUAGAUAAUUUCAAAAAAACCGAGAUAAUGUAACGUAACUUAACUACCAACACCGGCAUUAGUCCUAAAAACAACGGAAUAUGCUAACUUGUUUGAACUAGAACGUAAAAGUCACACAAUUUUGAACGUUUAUAAGAAUUAAAUCUAAGAAGACGAUUUAAAAAUAGCGCCACAAAUUAACAUUACUUGAAUUUACCCAUCUCUAUUCUGGUGACAUCUACAUAACCUCACAAUUUAAUAAAUAAAAUUUUCCAAAUUCAAACGACAGUGGACUGCAAAUUGCAAUAUUAUUAAAAUAAAAGCUGAGCGAGUGUGUGCAUUUUCAUCAUGAGUGAAUCACAGUGCUCUCAAGUGGAAGACGUAGUAACCAAAACAGACUAUCCUCCUAUGACAGAAUUCGAAACACAAAUGUUCUUGGACAUUGUAAAAAGCGAUGGUUUGAUUGUAGCGGCAAAAGGUCUUAACUUAGAUUUGGUGAUAUUAAAUAUCCUCAAAGUAUACUGUGAUCCGGCAAAUCUUGUACUAGUAUUAAAUGCAACAGAAAAAGAAGAGAAAUAUCUGAUGAAGAAGUUAAAUGAUGUUUGUGUACACAGCACAACAUACCUUACUAAUAUUAAAUCCAGAGAAGAAUCAUACCUAUGGGGAGGAAUCAACUUUGCAACAACCAGAAUAGUAGUGGUAGACUUAUUGAAAAAACGUCUUCCCAUUGAAAAAAUUACAGGAUUUGUCAUUUUAAGAGCACACACAAUUCUUGAGAGCUGCCAAGAAGCUUUUGCAUUGAGAUUAUAUAGGCAAAAUAAUAAGACAGGGUUUAUAAAGGCGUUUUCCAAUAAUGCACAAAGUUUCACUAUAGGAUAUGGACAUGUAGAAAGAGUUAUGAGAGCUUUAUUUGUGAAAGAUCUGUAUUUAUGGCCCAGAUUCCAUUCAAUUGUAGUACAGAGCUUGAAAAAUUUUGAGCCUAAUGUAAUUGAAUUAAAUAUUCCAAUAUCUGAAAAAAUGAAGAAGAUGCAAACACACAUCUUGGAUUUAAUGAAUCUGACUGUUAAAGAACUGAAAAGAAUCAACAAAAAUAUAGAAAUGCAGGAGAUAACAGUGGAAAAUUGUCUAACAAAAAAAUUUCACAAAUUACUACAGGCACAAUUAGACAUAAUUUGGCAUCGUCUCAGUAGAAAGAGUUUACAAAUGGUAUCAGAUCUAAAAACUCUGAGACAUUUAUUAGUGUAAGUGUCUCCUAACAUUAUGUACAGUGCUUUUUAAAAAGGUCAUGUGAUAUCCCAUUUUAAAGCUUCUUUCUACUAUUUCAUAACCCUGUAAUAUAAAAUGACUGCCUCUACAAGCUGACAAAGUUGAGCCAUCCCAUUAAAAAAAAAACAUGUCUAGAUCUAUCAUUCUCCUCAAACUGAAUUUCGCAUGUUUUAUUGCACACUCAGACGGUAUUUUUCAAAAGAAGAAGUUGGAUAUGCCUUACCAUCCAGGCAUCCAUUAUACAUCAAGGACAAUGUUUUACUCAGACCCGGUUACAUUUUAUUGUACAGUAAUGAACUGCAGAAGCUUAGAAUAUGCUCAAACUGCAAAUUGGGUUCUUUUUCAACCUGCAGAACAUUUAUUCACAGAGAUAAGUUCUUUCAUCUACAAUAAAGACAAAGAGUUCUGUCCUGAUCCUUGCCCUAAAUGGGAACCACUAUUGGAACUAUUGAAAGUUGAAAUACCACAUCAGAUUAAAGAAUCAAAAUCAAGUGAGCAUACCAUUUUGAUUCUAUGUUCAGACUACCGUACGUGUCACCAGUUGAAAGAGCUGUUGACAAAUGGCCCUGAGUAUUACUUAUUCUAUAAGGCGUUACGAAAUAACUUGAAUAUUAGUAAAGUAGCGAAAUCGUUCCAAUAUGGUAAAUUACCAGAGAAUAUAGAGGAGGUGAUACAAUCCAAAAAACAAAAAAACCAAAAUAAAAGAUUGAAGACAAAUAGUAGCGUUGCUAGUAAUAAAUCUGAAGAAGGCUCUGAAGAAAAGGAGACGACAGAGGAGGAUGAAGAAUUUCAAUGCAGUUAUGUGCUUACUAUGAACCAAACUGCUUCCCAAGACCAAGAUGAUUCUGUGGAAGAGUCAUUGAAUUGCACGUUUGAACCUUUUACUCAGAUGGAGAAAAUGGAUCUUACUCACAUAUGUCAAUCAGUGACAGAACCGAAAAUACUCAUACAAACAUUCAAAUCUACAGACGACUACAUUCAUCUGCAAGAUGCGUUGAACAAUUUGAAGCCAACGUUCAUAAUCAUGUAUCAUUGCAGUAUGACAGCAGUUAGAGAAAUUGAGAUGUAUGAAGCUCACAGGAAGAGGGAUCCACCACUAAAAGUUUACUUCUUAUUACAUGGUGAAACAGUGGAAGAACAAAGUUAUCUCACAACACUGCGGAGAGAAAAGGAUGCCUUUGAGCACCUUAUUCAAACUAAAGCUACCAUGGUAAUACCUGAAGAUCAGGAUGGUAAGAAUGACUACUCCUUAUCUCUUGAAAGAGAUGGCCAAACCCCUACAAAAAAUACUAGGGCAGGAGGUAAAGAUCAAGCUCCGAAGAAGCAAACUAUUAUCGUUGAUCUUCGAGAAUUUCGAAGUGAAUUGCCACCUUUAAUCCACAAGAGAGGAAUUGAUAUAGAACCAAUGACUAUAAGCAUAGGAGAUUACAUAUUGACGCCAGAUAUCUGCGUGGAAAGAAAAAGCAUAUCGGACUUAAUUGGGUCAUUGAAAAGUGGACGCCUUUAUCAACAGUGCACACAAAUGUCUAGAUAUUAUUCUAAACCGAUGCUACUUAUAGAAUUUGAUCAGAAUAAGCAGUUUGGUUGGCAGAAUAAUUACAUGCUAUCGACUGACAGUACAAGUUAUGAUUUCCAACAGAAGCUGUUAUUACUUACUUUGCAUUUUCCGAAGUUAAAGUUAAUUUGGAGUCCGAGUCCGUACGCUUCAGCUCAGCUGUUUCAAGAAUUGAAGAUGGGAAAAGAAGAUCCAAAUAUUGAAUAUGCAGCUACUAUCGGAGACCAGCAAGAUAUAGACAUUAUAGAAACAAAAUACAAUUCUGCCAUUUACGAUUUUGUGCAAAAAUUACCAGGCAUCACAUCUAAAAACAUUGAUAACUUUAUGAGAAAAUGUAAAAGUUUGGAUGAUGUUAUAAGACUGGACAAGGAAAUACUUACAAAUAUUUUGGGCAACGGGUCUGAUGCGCAAGCAUUCUAUUCAGCAUUGCAUGAAGAGCAUUCUUCAAGUAAAGAGGAUUCAGAGACAAAACUAAAAGGAAAGGGAAAAGUGAGGUUUCAGUAUUUUAAAAAUAAAGCUCAAAACCAGAAAAAGUAGAAAAAACAGUUUUACAGUGUGAUUAUUUCUCUUAUAAACAGCAAUGUAAUUUUUGUUAUUAGUUGUCAGUCCACUGAUUUCAAGAUGUUCUGAUUGGAUUAUGAUCCUUCACAAUCAUUAUACUCGAAUGUUUAUAAAUAUAUGUAUAGUUGCAGGUUAAAUGUACAUUUGUUAUUUAUUUUUUAUAAUAAAC